GGACACCUCCCUGUUCUUCGUUCCUAUAUGUUCUAGAUCUCUUCUUGUUCUAGACACCUCCCUGUUCUACAUCCCUCCCUGUUCUAGAUCUCUUCCUGUUCUACAUCCCUCCCUGUUCUAGACACCUCCCUGUUCUACGUCUCUCCCUGAUUUACUGUCUCACUAGUCUCUAGGUCUGCAGGAACCUGCUAACUAAGCACUCAGGUUCAGCUGUGUAUAAUCUGGACACCACCGCUGCUGUAAUGUCUCUGAGGACCGGCCUUCUCCACCUGGUGACGCUGCUGCCCUCCCCAACAUGGCGUCGGUCGGGGCCUUCCGGCUCUUUUAUUCUGGAGGUGGCGAAGCGGAAGAAGUCCCUGAUCUGACCGCUGCUAGCCGGUUAGCCCGGGUUAGGCUGUGGUUCGGGAUGUAGGCGGUUCUGGGCUCGGUUCUGCUCUAAGAUGCCUCUGGUUGGAGCAGAGCUGGAGCUCCGGACUCUGGCGGAGUGUCGAUACCGGUUCCCCACGGACACUCUGAAGGAUCUGCAGUCGGUUCGGGCUCGGUUCCCUGACCUGCGGCUCGGUGCGGACUUCUACUGUUUUCCAAACAACGAGAAGAGGAAGCUGGUCAAUCUGUCUGGAACGGUUCCUGUUCUCUACCAAGGAAGUCAGUAUAAUAUCCCAGUGUGCAUCUGGCUACAUGAGACCCACCCGGUGUCCCGUCCCCGCUGCCUCGUCUGUCCCUCUGUGACCAUGCUCAUCAAUCCGUCCUGUCCCUGCGUGGAUUCCUCUGGUACCGUCAGUCUGGACGGGCUCAAGAACUGGACUCCUGGCGUGUCCAACCUGUCUCUGUUGCUGUCAGAGAUGAGGGUGGCCUUCCAGAAGGACACACCCCUCUAUGCCAGGUGUGUGGAACAAGCUCCGCCCCCUGUGGGCGUUCAGGUGUCUGAGGAGGUCAGCUCCUCCCCCCCCCUGCAGAGCCAGUCUGCCCCCCAGGACGCCUCUCACCCGGCUCCACUCAAAGCUGGCCAAUGGGAGCAGGGCAGCGUGAGGCGGUCGUACACAGAGGAGCUGAUAGGGAUCGACUUCAGCGCUUCUCCUUCCUCCUGCAACACCAACCCGUUCCUCAGCUCCUCCUCCUCAGGUGGACCCCUCUCUGAGCCGCUCAGCAGAAUGAUGGCAUCUCUGAGACUGGAUGGAGACGAGCAGUCAGAACCGCCACAACGUGGUUCUGGAGCUCAAAGUCCAGCGUUAGGAUUGGUGACCCAACCCGACCUCAGACAGGUGUCGGCCCGGCUUUCUCCAGACCAGGCCGCUGUCUUCUUGGCUCUGAUCUCCAUGAAAGGGCGGAGCUUCAACACAGAUGAUGUCAUAGAAGCGGUCCAGCAUAACCCAGACUUCCCAUCAGCGCUAAAGUUCCUGACACACACCUGUCCCAUCUGUCAUGACCAGGUGUCCUUCAGCAAGAUCAUCACCAUGACUCACUGUUCCUGCUUCCUGUGUCGGACCUGCUUCACCUCCUUUUUCUCCGUCGCCAUCAAAGAGCGCAGUGUGGACCGGCUCACCUGUCCACAAUGCGGCCAACCAGAGAUCAGAGGCCGGGGGGCGCUGGAGGAGUCCAUGGACUACUUUAACCUGCUGGACACACAGAUCCGUCACUUCCUGCCUCCUGACCUCCACGAACUCUUCCAGAGGAAACUCCGAGACCGAGCCCUGCAGGAGAUGCCCAAUUUCUGCUGGUGUGCUCACUGUUCCUUUGGGAUGCUCCAUGAAUCGCUCCAGCUGAGGAUGGACUGUCCUAGCUGCAGGAAGAGCACCUGCUCCCGGUGCAGAUCACCUUGGUCCACUCUCCAUCAGGGACUCUCUUGUGAGGAGUUCAAGGUGCUGCAGCAGCAGAACCAGCAGCAGAACCAGCAGCAGAACCAUCGCUCCACCUUGCUCCACAACAUCAUCGAGUGUCCCAGCUGUCAGUUCGUCUUCAGCCUGUCCAAAGGAGGAUGUCUCCAUUUCACCUGCACUCAGUGCCACCACCAGUUCUGUGGCGGCUGCAGUCAGCGCUUCGCUCUGGGCCCGGCCUGCAGCUUCUCUGCUCAGUGUGGCUCCAAAGGUCUUCAUGCGCACCAUCCCAGGGACUGCCUCUACCACCUGAGAGACUGGAGCGUGAGCCGGCUGCUGCGGCUGCUGCAGCACCACAGAACGUCUCCUUCCUGCUCGGUUCCCUCCAGCAGCAGCUGGGCUCAGUGCAGUCACUCAGAGGUGUGUCCUGUGCUGGAGCUGAGGGACGGCGGUCACAUGACCGAGGAGGAGGAGCCGUGUGGACGGCCGGCGCCGCCCGAGUUCAGAGGAUACUGCCACAGGAGUCACUACAAAGAGCACCUGGUGGGGCUGAUCAACCGCUGCGGCGCCGACCCGGCGCUCCUCUUCAGUCCUGCAGAGAUGGUGGCUGAGCUGCAGCGAUGGAGCGUUGCCGUGCCAACCAGGAAGCCUGAGGAGCCAGAGCUGCUGUACGCUCAGCGCCUGCGCCUGGUGCUGACCAACCGGCUUCCUCUCAGGAGGAGGAGACACACUCCAUCAGUGACGGCAGUGGAAGCAGAGAAACUCCGCCCACACUCCACCUCCCGACCAAUUAGAUGAUGGCUAACAGCUGGCAUCCAAUCAGAACCAGCUGAGCUUAACGAUGCCGUUGCCAUGACUGUUAACGAGAUUAACCAUGACAAGCUUUCCAGCCACUAGUUAAACAUUUUUCUCUGAGAGCAGAAGUUUAAAUUCAUGUUUCUGCUCCACAUAAUGGCUAAAUGAUAAAUAUGGUGCUGGUGAAAAGUAUUCACUCCCCUACAGAUCAAUUUCUGUCUUUUUGUCUCAGUUACAAGUUUCAGAUCAUCAGUCUGGUAUCAAAGAUAACUUGAAUAAAUUAAAAAGCAUUUUCUAAAGUAGAGGUAAAAAUGUAUUUAAGACAACCUGAGCCUGAAGACGUUUUUCCGCCUUAAUCCUGAUAACUGCUUGUUCCUCCCUCAGCAGCUUCACUGUGGAGAACCUUUGAAUUUCUUUAAAUCAGGAAGCGAGCUCAGAGAUCUUUGUGCCUGCUUCGUGUUGUCAGGCGGGUUCUGCUUUAUUUUCCAGGUCAGAGUCAGCAGCUGCUUCACAAAGGGUCUCAUUACGUUCCACGCAGGGCCAGGUUGGAGCUUUCUUCGCUGAAUGAUUCAUGUUUUCUGAUCUUAGCUUCAUGUGAAACGUUUAAGACACGAGGAGCAAAACCAGAACAUCCA